AUGGCACUGAUCGCUGCAAAUCGUAGAUUCGAGCGAAAACUACGAGAAGAGAAAGCCAGGAUAACACGAAUGGCUCUGUUGAUUCAGACAGAGAUGAAGAACAGGAGACAGGCAGGAGUCAAGAUUGAAGGACAAAGCUUGUUGGACCGGAAGCGACAGAAAGAACUGUGGAGAACGCUUCUUGUGGAAGAGAGGGUUAAGCUUAUCUCGGUUAAAGAUCUGAAGAGAAGAAGCCGUCCUUUCUUCCCUAACUAUUGA